UGGCUGAUAUCUGCACUUAGCCUUUUAGCCGCCAGGUGCGUUAUUUUCCACAUAUCCAGCAAAAUGGCGUCCGGUGGCGGGAAUUCCGAAAAGGGUGAGCACGCCGACCUUGUCACCAUAAAAAGGACAGAUCUACAGAAACUAUCUGCAGAGGUCCGACAAAUGAAGGAGUUCCUGCCCAAGGUUCUGAACUCCGAACUGCUGCAGUCUUACCACAUCCUGGACAAGCUUCAACAAGAGUUGUCGGAGGUGCACUGUCACACAGACCAGUUGCAGCAGGAUGUCGACCACUGGAAGUCGCGUUUCCAGGCCAGCCAAUCAGAGAGGGAGAGAGAAAAGGAGGAGAUGUCCAGUCUGAAGCUGGAGUUAGGCCAGCUGAAGAAGAGUCUGACUGACCAGGCAGGGUACAGCGCCCGUGUGGGGGCAGCCAGCUGUACCCUGCUGUGGAGAGUGUCCAGGAGUCCGGAGUGUGUGGACGCCAUGCUGAAAGGGUCCAUGGUGUCUGAGUUCCUACAGCUUGUAGGGGAGACAGUACAGAGCUAUGUGACUGACUGCAGGGAGAGAGAACCACCGAAGGAAGACUCACAGGAGGUUCUGUUUGUCCUGGCACUCGCUGGAACAGUCACCAACAUUGCUGCAUCAGCCUACGGCCGUGACUUCCUGAUGUCCUGUCCAGCUGGACGCUCCGUGGUGGAUGUCCUGGUCAGCUGCCUGUCCGAGGCUCCCAUCGGGACAUGUGACCAGCUCAGAAACCUGGUUCUCAUGGCUCUGUACAACCUCAGCAUUAACCAGAAGGGUCUGCAGUACCUCAGCACCAGGCAGGGCUUCAUCGGACUCUUGGCUUGGCUGGUACAAGAGGAGGUAGUGAGUGAGAACAGACUACACUGUGUGAGACUCCUGCAGUCCCUGAUAGAGGAACCCACUACACCUGCACUGCUGCAGGAGGCCACGCAGACUAUAUCUGUGGAACUACUGCAACAACUUGUAAAUGACAGGAAUCCUGAGCUCCAGGCUGCAGCAGCUGAGCUGAAGGAGGAGGUGCAGUCCCUGAGACAGGCGUUCCCAUUGGACAUCUGAGACAGGAGUUCCCAUUGGACAUCUGACUUUGACAGGAGUUCCCAUUGGACACCUGACUCACUGCAGGCUCAUGGUCCAGACCAGAGGGAGGAGACUGGAGAUUUCUUCAACUUCAAACCUAAGAAAGCAUGAAUGAUGUGCCAUGAAGAUAUCUGUAAAACUCAUGUGUAUUAUCUGUGACUUAGUAUUGCGAAUAACACUUUCAAGUUUGUUUUGGUUUUCAUACUGUUUUGAAUUUGCAGUUGAAAAAAGUAUGACCGUGAUACAGUUAGUUAUACAUUGAAAAUGUGUCUUUGCACUGGCGCCAAAAUUAAAGCACUGUGAAAGUUUUAAGAUUUACAACAUCUAUUCAAAGUUUUUUUCCAUACUUAGAUACUCUAUAUCAAGUACUAUGCUUUUCCGGGUUUAUAGGACUGGUUCUUCAAAUGUCAGGUUGUUCCCAGACAACUUUGCAUCAAUUUUGUUUUGUACGGUAAGGAAUUUGUCUUCCAACUUGAUGCUUGCUUUGUGAGUCAUGUUUUCAAUUUACGUCACAAUUUUUUUCAAACCACACAAUUCAAAUAAACAGUCAAGUGCAGUGUGUAUGGGAACUGA